AUGUCAUCAUUACCAGGUAAAUAUGACGAAUUAUAUAUCUACUUACGCAUUCUUCUUAUGUUUUCUACACAAGAGAAUACCUCCACGUUACAGCCGACUUUACCAAGCGAUGACAACAUUGGAGAACCUGAGUCAAAUGUACAAAAUAAUGCAGGUGCAGUCGAUGUUGAUAAUAUAAAUAAAAGUAUAGUGGAGUCGGGUAUACUUGUUACGAGUCUCGCACCAAUCGCAGAAACUGAUUCAACUCCAGUAUUAUCACCAGCACCAGUCCAAACUUUACCAGGCGCACAGGAAAAUGAAGUUGAAAGACAAAGAGUAACAACAACAGAUAUACAAUUGAACACGGAACGACAUAUAAGUAAAUGGAAUAGUGAUGAAGUGCAAGAGUGGUUUCAAUCGUAUCAACUUAAUGAAUUAUAUAAGUUCUUAUUUACUCCGCGUGACACUAAAGAUGGUGCAGCUUUAGCAAAAAUAUUUGAAUCAAAACUAAAAAAUUAUGAACAGUACAGAAAUGGGUACAGAAAUAGAUUACCAUCCGGUUCAAACAAUCUUGCAAAAGAUUUCGAUCGAUUCGGGCAAUUGCUUGACACAUAUUUUAUUAAUAAAUACGAACAUCGAUUUGAUGUUGCGUUCUCAUUUCCAGGCGAAAUACGUGGUAAAGUUAAUGAAAUAGCGCGAAAACUAUGUGAAAAAAUUAAUAAAAAAGAUGGGCGAAAACGGAUCUUCUACGAUGAAUAUCACCAAGCUGAAUUAGCUCGUCCAAAUCUAGAUCUUUAUUUGCACACAAUAUAUCGAUAUCAAACAAGGUUAAUCGUGGUUUUUAUGUGUGCUGAUUAUUCACUUAAAGAAUGGUGUGGUUUAGAAGCACGCGCUAUACGUAGUCUAAUGAAAACAUAUCAAAACGAUCGAAUUAUGUUACUAACAGUCGAUGGAACAACAAUUGAUGGUGUCCUGGAUAUCGAUGGGUAUAUGGAUAUUUCAGGGAAAACGGAAGAUGAUGUUGUAGCCGCAAUUUAUAGCCGUUUGGAAGCUCUUGGCAAUACAUUACCACUGUCAAAAUCAUCACAUACACCACCGCCGCAGCGACCACCAGGAUUUUAUCUAAAUGAAUUAAAACCUGUACCAAAGCUAUUAUUUCUAUCCAAUUAUCAAUUAUAUAUCGAUGCCACUCAACUCGAUCAAUAUCGAUUUCAAGGCAUUGUAGAUAUUGAUGCUCAUGUAAGACAAUUAGAACAUAAUCAGAAAAUAAAUUCUACGCCUUUGAAAAAAGUGCAGUUUCUAUUCUACGUCCUUCCUUUAUUCACGUGGUCAUUUCCACAUCGGCCCCUAUUUGCAACAAAACAACAGCAACAACAGCUAAUUCUCAACUUUAUCAAGCAUGAAGGAUGGCGAAUUAACGUUCGAGCAGACAAAUUUCAAUGUUUUUAG